CCAUUCCGACCCGCACCCCUUCGCUCUUCUCCUCCCCCAACUCGCACAAAGAAACACUCGGGCGGAACCCUACCGUCGCCGACGGCGGCGCAGGAAUCGAAGGUGCCCCGGCGGCCUGCGCACGUAUUCUCACGAGUUCCGGCGGCCUUCGUCUGGCGCAGUUAAAACAUCAAUCAACCCAGGAAUGGCAAUGUCUUGGACAAGAGUGUUGAAGAGUGGAGUUGUUCCAAGAGACGCUGUGGCUCAAUUGGUUGGGGUGAGAAGCUUUGCGGUUUCAGCCAAGGGAAAGAAGGGUGGAAAAGGUGGCGCAGCUGAUGCUAAGCCUGUGCUGAGCAAGGAAAUGAAGAGCACAACUGUGUUUGGGGCUAAUAUCCUGAAGGAGGGUUCUGAUCCCAAGAUCCAACCAGAUUCCGAAUACCCUGACUGGUUGUGGCACCUGGUGGACAAGCGCCCCGUGCUGAGCGAACUCCGGAGGAAAGACGCCAAGACGCUGCCUUACGAAGACCUGAAACGUUUCGUCAAGCUGGACAACCGGGCUCGGAUCAAGGAGAAUAAUGCUCUCACUGCUAAGAACUAACUGAUCAGGAUGGGUCUGUCUCAGGCAUGUUGUGGUCAAAGCCUUAUCACCAUAUGUCUGUCUUUUCCUACAAGACUUAUUAGCGGACAUACUACUUAGUUGUUGUCGGUAAUAAUGUCGUGAAUACAUGCAAGAGCAUGUGGAUUCCUGGAGAACGCAACAAUUACUGAACUUAGUGGCCGUGCAAACUGAUUGACAUCUACAGCCAAUGCGAUUUAUGUUACGGGUUGGGAUCA